AGAGCUGUGUGCGUUCCAGAUGACAACAACCCGCUGAGCGGCGGAAUGCUAGCGGACCGCUGGCCAGAAAACACGGAUUCAGAUGCGGGUUUCGACUGUUUUCUGUUUGCGGUUAGUUCCUUUAACCUGACCCGGUCCAGUAGAACUGUUCUGAGGAUCUCACUGAGUCCAGCCUGGGUCCUUCCCGAGCUGUUCACAUCCCGGAUUCCCAGCUGACAUUCCCUGAAGGUUAGCAUGAAAGUUCUGGAAUGUUAGGACGAUGUUCAAGAAUGUGUUCGGUUCGGGAUUCCUGGUGAGGACGGCCCAUGUGGUUCUGACCUGGAUCAUCACGCUCAUCCUCUUCCUGUAUGACACAGAGCUGAGGAAGCAGGAGGAGACGGGUCAGCUGCUGCAGCCGGUUCUGUUCGUCCUGCUGGUUCUGGUGUCGGUUCUGCUGUACUUCGCGGUGUCGCUCAUGGAUCCGGGGUUCAUUCUGACUGAGGACAGCGACCUGCAGUUCACUCUGGGAGUAACGGAGGAGCAGCAGGAUAUGAUCCCGCCCAGCACCAAGUCGCUGCGUCAGCGCCGCUGCGGCCACUGCCUGCUGCAGCAGCCAAUGAGGUCGAAGCACUGCCAGACGUGUCAGCACUGCGUGCGGCGCUACGACCAUCACUGCCCCUGGAUCGAGAACUGCGUUGGCGAGCGGAACCACCGCUGGUUCGUCCUCUACUUGGCCCUGCAGCUGCUGGUGCUGCUGUGGGGGCUGCACGUCGCCUGGACGGGUCUGGGCCACGCCCCCUCCUGGUCGCGGUGGCUGCGCUCCAACGGCGUGCUGCUGGCGGUCUGCGGGCUGCUGGCGCCGCUGGCGCUGGUGGUGCUGCUGCUGCUCGGGUCGCACCUCUACCUGGUGUCCAUGAACGCCACCACCUGGGAGUUCAUGUCGCGCCACCGGAUCUCCUACCUCAAGCAUUGCGGCGCCGACCAGAACCCGUUCGACCGCGGCGCCGCCCGCAACCUGUGGGGGUUCUUCUGCCAGUGGGGCAGCGUGGUGUGGGAGCAGGCGUACUUCAGGGAGGACAGCGACCCGGUUUAGGUUCUGACCCGCUCACGGUGUCGGAUCACCAGCGGCGGUUUUACUGGGUCACAGCUGGUUCUGUUCUCUGCCAGCCAAUCGGUCCGGACCGACUGGCUGCAGUUCUGAUCUCCACGGUUCCUCUGACCAGAACUUCUGCUCUGACCUUUCACCUUCACCCAUCAUUCAGGUUCUGACGGUUCUGUUCACAUUUCAGACGUGGAUCGGGUUCUGAAUCCGUCUCUACAGAACUCGCCGCUGGUCCUCGGGUCACUGCUGCUCCUCUCCUUGGACCGCCAUCUUCAGUCCUGGUCGCUGGUUGCCAUGGUUACCAACCCACAUGGACUCCCAGAAGGUUAACGGUACCACGGCCCUUGGUCGGGCCCGUCCAGCGCUGGGGAGCCGGGUUGCUGCUCCAGCACCGCCAUGCUGGUUGGUUUGGGCUCAGAUUGUUCUGGUGGUUCUGGUUCUGGUGGUUCUGGUACCAGUGGACAGCAGCUGAUUAAAACAAUAAACACAAACAGGAAGUGAGCCGGAGCUCCAACCUGUGACUUCCUGUCAGACCUGGACUCAGUCUGACGGUUUGACCCAACAUCCUGGGAACAUCAAAGUUUUUAUCCGGGUCGUUUGUUUGUCUUGAUCCCGACAGGAAGCUGACCGACGGACUUCCUGUUUCACCUGCCGGUUCAAAUCGGGUUCCUGCUGCAUGUCUGGAGUUUCUGGGUCCCUCAGGUUCUACCGGGUCCAGUCUUUUACCUUUACGGUGGAUUUAUUCCAGAACUGUUCCUACAUUCCUGGUUGUUCAGAUGUUUUCAACAUGUUUAGUUUUCCAGGCAGAAGAAGCUGCUGCAGCGUAAACUGAGGGGUUAAAGGUCCAAUACGGAGAGCAAUAAAGCUCAAAGUUUCUCUUGCUGGAGCUGCUUUUAUACCCUAAAGGUAUCUAAAGGUUGUUUUUCUGACUGUUAUUGAUUCUGUGAUUUUUUACCUCUGAACAGAAAUAAAGUCGUUACUGAGAAGAAA